AUGCCCAGGAGGCGCAGGCCUAUGCCCAGGAGGCAGGCCUAUGCCCAGGCGGCGGAGGCCUAUGCCCAGGAGGCGGAGGCCUAUGCCCAGGAGGCGGAGGCCUAUGCCCAGGAGAGGCAGGCCUAUGCCCAGGAGAGGCAGGCCUAUGCCCAGGAGAGGCAGGCCUAUGCCCAGGAGGCGCAGGCCUAUGCCCAGGAGAGGCAGGCCUAUGCCCAGGAGAGGCAGGCCUAUGCCCAGGAGAGGCAGGCCUAUGCCCAGGAGAGGCAGGCCUAUGCCCAGGAGAGGCAGGCCUAUGCCCAGGAGGCGCAGGCCUAUGCCCAGGAGAGGCAGGCCUAUGCCCAGGAGAGGCAGGCCUAUGCCCAGGAGAGGCAGGCCUAUGCCCAGGAGAGGCAGGCCUAUGCCCAGGAGGCGCAGGCCUAUGCCCAGGAGAGGCAGGCCCAGGCACUGGAGUGCACCCAGGCAGCCCUGCUGGCCCUGGUUCAGAUGAUGAGGCCGGCUUUUAAAGACCCGAGGAAGUUCCUGCAGAGCGGGACUGACAACUCCAACAACUCGGGGACUCUUGCAGAGGGCUCGCAAUAGAGGCCCAAGAUCCCGUUGCCACAGCCAGCCGAGGAUGAACAAUAAAGUGUGUGUGAGAGUGUGUGUGUGUAUGAAAUGUGUUUGUGAGCUUGCUCAUGCUUGUAUGAAAUAUGAGAAAGAUAACUGUAAUGAGUUCCCUCAGAAAGAGCAUGCACAGAGGUUUAGUGUUAUAGUUCUAGAUAGAAAUAAGUUGCUGUAAUGGUUGUAAAAUGAAGUUCACAUUUUCCAUUAUGGAUUUGUAUAAUUGA